AUGGCUGAGUCUGGAGUGCAACGCCCCUUGCCAUUUCCAACUGAGUCAGAGUGCUUCAAGUUGUUUCUGACAGAGGAGCUGGUGGGAGAGAUAGUUGAGGAGACCAAUCGCUAUGCCUUAGAGCUACUGGAGAAGAGAGAGCCAGGAGUUAGGGGGAAACUCGCUAAAUGGGUGACAACCACAAUUAGUGAAAUGUAUACCUUCCUGGUGACAGUCCUUCUCAUGGGAAUAGUAAAGAAGAACUCCCUAAGAGAAUACUGGAGCACAGAUCCUAUGUUUGCAACUCCCUUCUUUGCCUCCCUCUUUUCCCAAGAUCGCUUCCUAGUUCUGCUGCGAUGCCUGCAUUUUGUCAACAAUGCUACUGCCAUCCUAAGUGACCCGUUAUACAAAAUAAGAAAUGUUCUUAUCAGCCUGACAUCAGCAUUUGGUCGGGUCUUUGUGCCAUACAAGGACCUAUGCAUUGAUGAGUCCCUGAUGUUAUGGAAAGGUAGGCUGGCGUUCCGUCAAUAUAUCCCCUCCAAAAGGCACAGGUUUGGAGUCAAGUUCUUUGUCAUGUGCGAUGUGAAGACAGCAUUUGUCCAGGAUAUUAUAGUUUACACAGGGUCCACCACUGACAUCAAACAUUAUGAGGGGCUUGGGGUGUCAGGGUCCGUGGUGAUGACCAUGCUGGCUCCUCAUCUCGGCAAGAGACACACUUUGUACGUGGACAAUUGGUACAGCAGUCCCACACUCUUCCAGCAUCUGCUCUCCAAUAGCACAGGGGCCUGUGGCACAGUCAGGUCGGUCCGGAAGGGGAUGCCGGCAUUCGGAUGCGGGAAGAUGCAGAGAGGGGAGGUGGAAUUCCAGGAGAACGGUCAACAGCUGGCAGUAAAGUGGCAUGACAAGCGAGAUGUCCAUGCCCUCUCCACUGUCCAUACGGCAACCGGGAAGGUGGACCACCUGACCGGAGAGAGAAAGAUCAAACCAGAUUGUGUGCUUGAUUAUAACCUCAAAAUGGGGGCCGUGGAUAAGGCAGACAUGAUAAAUGUACACGUGUGGAAUGUAAAGUACCUACCAAAAAUACAGAGAGAACCUCAUGAGAGAGCUGCUGGAGGAGCACCACACCCCUCGGCGCCCAUCCACUGGGGGUCAUCCUGCUAUUUUCUCAAGCUGUGUCAGCUUCCACACUUCCCUGAAAAGGAGCAGGUGGUCAGUGCACCCUCGGCCCAGAUGUUUGUCCACCACUGUCGAAGUACCUGGAGAAGAGCCAGGGAGGCUAUUCUCAAGACCAACUCCAGGCCCAUCCCUCCCCCCGGGUUAUCGUGGCCAGCCAGGGUAUACGGUGAGACUCCUCCUGAAGGUGAAUUACAGGAGAAGAGGAUUCACUCAAUCCAGUCCCUGACGAGAAUAGACUGGAAGCAGCCCCGUUGGGAGGGGCCAUACCAAGUACCCCUGGUGACAGCCUUCGCAGUGAGGAUAGCUGAAAGAGCUAUCUGGGUGCAUGUCACACAUUGUAAGAGGGUGAUGAUAUGUUCUCUGGGAGAGGGUGGGGCUUCACAGGUGUGCUGGCUGUCCUGA